AUCGUAAACAUAGAAAUCGUAAAUAAAUGAAUUCCAACAAAAAUAUGUAAUUUCGUAUUGUGAUAUUAUUUUUCAUUGCCAUUAAAAACUAACUUAAGAUGGGAUUAAAAUUAUUAAUUCAAUUUGUUAGAGACUCUAAGAAAUUAAUGAAGUAUUCACUGCUUCAACAAUAUACUCGUCCCUUUUCUAUAUCUUCUGUGAAUCGUUUAAAAGAAAUUGUUAGAACUGAAACUGAAAAUCAAAUUGUCAUUGAGGGUGUGAAAGUAAAAUCAGAAAGAGAAGGAAAACUUUUGAAUUUGAAUCGUGGUGGCUGUCCAUUAUGUAAACUUGGUCUUAAGAACCUUAAACAUUCAGAUAUUUUAAUUAUAAGUCAGUUUAUUAACUCUGAUGGUACUUUGAUACCCCAGCAUAUAACAGGUUUAUGUAACAAGCAACAUUUUCGUGUUAGAAGAGCAGUUGCUUUAGCUCAAAGGGCUGGUCUCAUACCUAAAUCACCAGGCACUCCUAUAUUUGGUGAUUGGGAGAAAUACAACACCUAUUUUAAGAAAUUUUAGUCCUUUGAAACAACUUAUCUUAUGUUAAAAAUACUUAAUGUAGACAAUUUUUUAAUCGUUUGAAAAAUAAACUGACUUUACUAAA